GGAGAGGCGGGGCCUGUGGCGCGGCCCCGCCUCGCCCCGGCCGCAGUGUCCCUGCUGGGGCUCCGUCCAUAGGCGGCUGGUUGUUGUGACUGAGGGGCGCGGGCGGCUUUGGCCUCUGUGGUGGUUCACACAGCCGUGAAGAAUGACGUCAAGAGGUGCUGGGACUGCCUUUUCCCGGAGGAACUACAGGCUGAGCAUUGAGUCUGAGAAGCCCAAGGUCACAGGGAUAGUGAACAGCAAGCUGCUGAAUGACUAUCUGCGCCGCAUCUUCCCCAGUGCUGAUGGGAUCCAGCCUGCAGCUGCUUACAGGAAGCCACUGACAUUCCAGAACCUGCAGGAGCACCUUGACAAAUUGCUGGCAGAGGACAGUGGUGCAGAGGACAGUCGAGAUCAGGUAUUAGAGGGGCGACUUGGUCCCUCUACUGUGGUGUUGGACCACACCAGUGGUUUUGAGGGACUCCUCCUGGUUGAUGAUGACCUACUUGGGGUGAUUGGCCACAGCAACUUUGGCUCCAUCAGGGCCACGACCUGCGUGUAUAAAGGCAAGUGGAUCUACGAGGUGCUCAUCUCCUCCCAAGGGCUCAUGCAGAUUGGCUGGUGCACUCUCAACUGCAGGUUUAAUCAGGAGGAGGGGGUUGGAGACACUCCGGAUUCAUAUGCAUAUGAUGGAAACAGGGUGCGCAAGUGGAACGUCACCACCACCAACUAUGGUAAAUCCUGGGCGGCAGGAGACAUCGUCAGCUGUCUGAUAGACCUGGAUGAGGGGACCAUUGCUUUCUGCCUGAAUGGUGUGUCUCUGGGAACAGCUUUCGAUAACAUCACCAGGGGAGCUGGCAUGGCGUACUUCCCCGCUAUCAGCCUCUCCUUCAAAGAAUCAGUCGCUUUUAACUUCGGCAGCCGCCCACUCCGUUAUCCAGUGGAGGUCCUGCAGGACCCGCCCAGCGUGGACCUGGUGAAAGCUCACAAGCUGUUGGGCUAUCUGAAGAAUGUUAUUCACAUUGGGAUAGACGUGUUGGAGGGGAAGUUGGUGGAGAAGGACACGUCAACGUGGCAGCUGCAAGGAGAACCGACGGUGCUGAUCACCCUGGCACACAUCUUUAAUCACUUUGCCCCUCUCAUGUGCAAAGUGUACCUGGUGGAAGAUGUGCUCAUGAACUUCCUGCUGAGCAUUCUGGAGCAGGGAGGGUCUGUGGAAGCACAUCCUCUCAUCCAGCAGCUACUGGAUCUCAUGUGGCUUCUCAUGGAGGAUUACGAGGUUCAUGAAUGCCUCAAACAGCUGCUGAUGUCCCUGCUGCGGGCUUACAGGUUCUCUCCCAUCAUCCCAGACCUGGGUUUACAGAUCCACUACCUCCGGCUCACCAUUGCAGUCCUGAAGCACGAGAAGUCCAGGAAAUACCUACUCAACAAUGUCCUCUUCGAUGUGCUCCGCUCAGUGGUGUUCUUCUACAUCAAGAGCCCCCUGCGUGUGGAGGAGGCUGGCCUGCAGGAGCUCAUCCCCACCACCUGGUGGCCAAACCGCUUCACCAAAGAGGGCAAGGAGAGCAAGGAGGUGAAGGAGGAGAGUGCCGAGGAGAGGCUGCGCCGACGGGCAUAUGACAGAGGCUGCCAGCGGCUCAAAAAACGCAUUGAAGUGGUGGAAGAACUCCAGGUUCAGAUCCUGAAGCUGCUUCUGAACAACAAAGAUCGAGGAGGGGGGGAAGCCUCCAGAUAUAUCUUCCUGAACAAAUUCCGCAAGUUCCUUCAGGAAAAUGCCAGCAGCCGAGGGAACCUGACUGUACUGUGCCCGCCAGAAUACAUGGUCUGCUUCCUGCAUCGACUCAUCUCCACCUUGCGCUGCUACUGGGAUGGGCACAAGACCAAGGCUCCUGCAGCCCUGAGCAGUGAGGAGGCAUAUGUUCCUCCUCAGCUCUUCUAUAACGGGAAGGUGGAUUACUUUGACCUGCAGCGGCUCGGUGGACUCCUGUCUCAUCUCAAGAAAACUCUGAAAGAUGACCUGGCUUUGAAAGCAAAUAUCCUGAUUGACCCUGCGGAGCUGCAGGCUGUGACCAUGGAUGACCUGGAUGAGGAUGAGGAGUCUGCAACGUCCACAGCCCAGCGCCCAGUUGCAGCACUGGCCAUUGGUGGUGCCCUUGCCAGGCCCAGUUGGCUCAGCUCACCCACCCUGGGCCGUGCCAACCGCUUCCUCAGUACAGCCGCCGUCAGCCUGAUGAACCCGCGGCGGUCCCUGGGCACCCUGGAGAAGAUGAAAGCACGCACGCUGAGUGUGGAGCAGCGGACAGAGGAUGACAUAGAAGGCAGCCAUGGAAAUGAGGGUCUGUUACUGGGGAGACCCCCUGAGGAGCCGGAGCAGUCAAUCACUGAGAACUCUCUUCUGGAGAUCCUGGAUGGAAUAGUGAUGAUGUACAACCUUAGCGUCCACCAGCAGCUUGGUAAGAUGGUGGGUGUGUCCGAUGAUGUGAACGAAUACGCCCUGGCUCUGAAGGACACAGAGGAGAAGAUUAGCCGAUGUCCAAAGAAGAGGAGGGACAUCUACGAGGAGCUGGUGAAAAGCCAGAAGGUUUUCUCAGAGAAACUCAACCACUUGAGUCGCCGGCUAGCCUGGAUCAACGUCACCAUCUACUCCAAGGAGAAGAUGCAGGACAUAUACUGGCUGCUGCGAGUGUGCAUCCGCACCAUUGAGCACGGGGACAGGACGGGCUCGCUCUUCGCCUUCAUGCCGGAGUUCUACCUCAGUGUGGCCAUGAACAGCUACAGCACGCUGAAGAACUACUUCAGCCCUGUCCAUUGCAUGGAGGAGCUCCCCGGCUAUGAAGAGACUCUGACACGUCUUGCUGCCAUCCUGGCCAAGCACUUUGCUGACUCCAGGAUCGUCGGCACUGACAUCCGGGACUCACUGAUGCAGGCGCUGGCCAGCUACGUCUGCUACCCACACUCGCUGCGGGCCGUGGAGAGGAUCCCAGAGGAGCAGCGAAUAUCCAUGAUGAGGAACCUGCUGGCUCCUUAUGAGCAGCAGCCGUGGGCGCAGACCAACUGGAUCCUUGUUCGGCUGUGGCGGGGCUGUGGGUUUGGAUACAGGUACACGCGGCUCCCGCACCUGCUGAAAACCAAGCCCGAGGAUGCCAAUCUCCCCAGCCUGCAGAAGCCAUGCCCCUCCACCCUUCUGCAGCAGCACAUGGCCGAUCUGCUGCGCAGUGACUGCGACAUGGCACCUAGCUUCCUCAACAGCGUCCUCAACCAGCUCAACUGGGCCUUCUCGGAGUUCAUUGGCAUGAUCCAGGAGAUCCAGCAGGCAGCAGAGCGCCUGGAGAGGAACUUUGUGGACAGCCGCCAGCUGAAGGUGUGCGCAACAUGCUUCGACUUGUCGGUGAGCCUGCUCAGGGUGCUGGAAAUGACUGUCACGCUGGCCCCGGAGAUUUUCCUCGACUGGAGCCGCCCCUCCUCGGAGCUGCUGCUCAGGAGACUGGCCCAGCUGUUGAACCAGGUGCUGAAUCGGGUGACAGCUGAACGGAACCUGUUCGACAGAGUGGUCAACCUCCGGCUGCCAGGGCUAGAGAGCGUGGAUCAUUAUCCAAUUCUUGUGGCUGUGACGGGGAUUCUGGUCCGACUCCUCAUGGACACUGACUUCCAAGGGAGUGUCCAGAUGCCCUUGGGGACAGUGGCCAGCAGAUCAGACAGGAGAUGGCCGUGUGGCAGGGCAGUGAGCAAAAUGCAGCGACUGUAAUCCACCCCAUCCCCACCCCCCGACAUCUCUGCAUGGAGGCAGCUCCCCGCCAUAGGACUGACCGCAUACCUGGAACGCUGUGUUCAUUCUCCUUUGUGCUCCAGAAGGAGGGAGUGAAUUGAGGGCAGAACAGACCAACCCGCUCCAUUAGCUAUGGCACAGUGCUCCUCAGCCAGUGGGCCAGGGUUGUCUCUGCAGGGGUGGGGAGUUGGGCUAGCAAGGUGCAAUCAGAGAAAUCCCAAGUGGUAUUGGUUACAGAAGGGGCUGUUUACCAGUGGGAACCAUGAGGGGGGGUGCAGUGAGGUGGCUAAACUUGGAGAUGGCCCAGUUCUUUGUUAGUCAGGUCCGGAGGGACUGAAACAAUCCACGGGAACAGGCAGCCCAGUGGCAAACUAUACUCAGUGUGCUGAAUGCUAACUAACCUGUACUGGAGGGGUUACUCCCAGCAGGCCUGACUUGACUGUGAGCUCAGGGAUGGGAGCUGGGUGCCAUUAGAAACAGUGCUAUGGAGACCUCUGCUCAAUGGGCAGCUGCGGUCAGAAGAGCAAGGUAUGUUCAGCUGCAUAAGGAAUGGGGCAGAGAACGUUCUAAUUCUGGUUUGGCCUCGUCUGGAUCCUGUACAGCACUGGGCACCCCAUCUCUGAAAGGAUAUUGCAGAAUUAGAGGGGCCCAGAGAAGGGCGAUGGGAAAGACCCAGGGCCUGGAGAAACUCUCCUAUGAAAAGCAGUUGAGAAGAUGGGGAUUGUUAUCUUAAAGAGGAGAGAUGAUAGUCUAUCAAAUACUGACUAGUCUGAGGGUCAUCAAGAGCAUCUCUUGUCAAUGGCACCUAGUGCGUGAACAAGGGGACAUUCAAUUCAGUUCAAUUCAAUUCAAAAUCUGAUUAAAGGAAACAGUUGUUGACACAAUGUGUAACUGACCUGUGGAACUCUCUGCCACUGGAAGUUGUUGAGGCCAAGAACUUGGGAAGAUUCGGUAGAGAAUUAGACAUUAAUACAGCUAAGCAAAAUAUCCAGAACUGUCAUAGUGAGCGCUAAUGAGAGUAGUGGAAGGGAGGUAACCCUCCUGCAACAGGGUUUAAGUAGUCCUCAGCUAUUAGAGAUGAGGAUGAGAAUAUCUUUGGAGUAGAUUGUGACCAGUCUGCUACUGUGGGUUCUUACAUCUUCCUCUGAAGCACCUGGGGCUGGGCACUGUUGCAGACAGGAGACUGGGCGGCGUGGACCUCAGCUCUGAUCCCAUCUGGCAAUUCCUGUGUUCCUGAAAAUAUCAGGGAAAGUUCCUUGCACUGUGGCUUGUUUAGUCAGGAAAACAUCUCCCCCAGGGCCGGGAUUGGAGCCCUGUUGCUUGGGGCAUUUAUGGUUAGGCUAGUCCUGGCCAGGCCCAGAGGGACCUUAUAGAGCUCUUCCAUCGCUGCGUGAUUUUGUUUGCCUGUUGUUUGGUCCAUAAAACCCUGCACUCGCUUGUCUGCGGGGGAGAUUCCCGGGCUGGCACUCUCCUGUUUCAGAGCUCAGGCGGCUGCAGCCAGGGCUGGAAUACUCAAUGGGCCGCUGUUGCACUCUGGCCCAUGCUUUGGCUCCUCUUGGAGUACAGGGGCCUGGAACCCACUCCCAUGACUGAAUUGCCCUGAGCUGGAGGGUGGUGCACUGGCCAAGUAAGAGGAGAGUUCAGAAGGUGCCUGACAGGAGGGGGCCUGGAGCCAGGCAGACUCAGCUAGUGUCUGUGUGUAGCAUCAGAGAGCAGUCCAGUUACCCCAGCAACGCAUUGCCAUGGGGCAGGAGGCGACAAGGCAUCUCAUUACAGACUUUCUCUGGUGGGGUGAGCCCCCUGGAGCCAAGAGAGGAGCGUUUCCCAGGCAGAGCUGAUGAGCGGACCUGCUCUGCACAUCAUCCUAUUUCAGGGCUGGACAGAGUGGGCUCGAGAGAAGCACUGCAGUAUUUAAUACCUCAGGUCACGCUGGUGUUAAUUGUGGUGAGUCACAGCUCUCCCUGGGUGGUUGUUACCACAUGACUUCCCAAUGCUUCCCGGAGGGGGAAGGCAGAAAGGGAUGGAUCUAACUACCAGUGUUCAAGUGUGGGGUGCAUUCUCUGCAAAGAGAACCUGAGGCUUGUUUGACCGGAGCACAAGUCCCCUCUGCUUUGGCUGGGCAGGCCACUUAGCACUUUGGAGACCUGGAUUCCAGUUUGCUUGAAAUCACUAGGAAAGCUGAGUUUGGCCCCAUGUAAUUCUUCCUGAAUGUCAAGUUCAGCACCAGCAUUUUGUAAUGGGACAAUCUCAUGGUGAAGAGUAACGAGGGGCUGAGAGUUGGAUUGAGGGGUACUGACAGCUGUGUUGGGGGAAGCCCAGGCUAGGAUAGCAGAGACUGCAGUGCCAGGCCAGGAUUUGUCAGCAGAGCUGUGGGGAGCCCUGCUCGGUGCGCCCCUGCCUUAGGCUUGGUUCUAGUUAUUGUUGAUCUGUUUUCACUAGCACAGAAAUGUUCUAAUGAGAACAAUUGAGAGGCAGGGCUGGCUGCAGUAGGGCUGCCUGCAGUGGGCCAGUGGGAAGGGAUUAAAUGUAAUCCCUCCUGGAGCAGCUUUAAGGAAGGGCCCCGCCACACCUGACUCCCCUGCCCUGCCAGUUCGGACCCUCUCCCAUAGUGGGACAGCAGAGGGAAUGGGCCACAGGUUGGUGCGGGGGUGCCUUGUUUCCUUUCCCUCGGAGGCAGCCUGGCAAGGGUUGGGGCUGGAGGCAGGGCGCUGGCAGCAAGGGGCAGAGAUCAGGGACUCUAAUGAAUCCAACAGCUGCCCGUGCUGGUGAGAAGCCAUGCCCUGGUGUCCAGCAGGGGCCAGCACACCACCUGGGAUAGACCAUAAGACUUCUGUUGCCUGGCCCAUAGGAGUCCCGCUCCACCAAGUUGGGGAGGUGGCUGCUCUGCGUGGAGUGAGACUGUUGCAGAGAUUCCCUGUUUGCAAUGCUGAGUGCCAGCAGCAUCUGUGCCCACCAUGCAGCAGUGGCUAGCUGACCCGCACCCUCCCCUUAAUUCUGAAUCAAGGGCUGAGAAGCUGAGUGCCCUGGCAUGUAUCUGUGUCUCCAGCAUGGCUUCCGGUGCCAGGCCACAUGCCCUUCCCCACACUAGGCAGAGCUGCUUCUAGGAACUGGAAUAGGCCUGGCUGGCAUGACAGCAGCUGCCAUUCGCACAUGUUGAUAUCUCCUGCUUUUCCUCUGGCUGGCGUAUUGGUGCAGGGUAGCUGGGUGGUGUGCUUCAGGGCCCCCACCCUGGGCAUCACCAUCUCCCGCUGUUCCCACCUUGGCGUGCUGCUGGCCACCAUGAGUCUGUCCCAGAGCUCGGACUCAGUGCCAUGGGCAGCCUGGUCCAGAGCUGGAGUGCUGGGCAGCAAUGGCAUGGGGAGAGGCAUGGGCAGGGGUCCCAGGGGCUAAUUUGGAGCCAGGUCCUAGACACACAUGGACUUGCAGUGUGGGGGCCAGGAGGCAGAACAGCCCCAGGUAUUGGUCCAAGCCGCUGAGCCUGUGGCAGUCUCAUGCCUGUGUGUGUCUGCUGAGUAACUGAGCUGAUGUUCUACUGAGCAGCCCUUGGAGGGAGCUGAGAGGAAUAGCAUUGGCAGGAGGUAGAGCUUGUGUAGUGACACUGGCAAGAGCCAGCACAGCUCCAGGACAGCCUCCUUCUCAGUGCUGUGUGGGUCACCACAAGCUGCUCAGACACCUGAUCGUGGGUGCUUGCACCUCCACCCCCUCUCCUUCCCCCCGCAACUGGGCUGCCCAGAGGCCCUGGAUCUGGGCGCUCACCCCACCUGCAGGCAGGCUGGGGUUGCUGGUUUUCUCAUUCCCCUCUGACUCUGGAUGGAUUUCUGACACCCAUGUGAUAGGACACAAGUUAUACCAUGUUCCUUACCAAAGUUCCCUGAGAAAUAGAGCCGUGCCCCUAGGGAUGCCUCUGGGCGUGGCAGUGCCAUCUCAGCAUGAAGGAGAUGGGCUGGGGGCACCUGCCUGGCAGCUCUGCCAUUGGAAUUCUGGAAGGGGGAUGAACAGGUCCCCUUGCCCCUCCCAGAUGGCAGGGCUGUUGGUGGGCCCAGCACUGGCCCCAGCUGGGGGUCUCUGUGGCACAGCAUUUUGGGGGGCAUGGGUGGUGCAGCAGAGCACUCAGCGCCCCUGCAGGACUUAGCCAGAAAUGCUGCUUGCUGGGCUGCAGCAUCUCUCCUUGUCCUCCCCUCCUAGGAGGUGGAUUGCAGAGGCGACUCUGCAGCUGCACCCUAGCUCCUUGGCCUUUGCUUGCACCAAUUGUGUUCAGGCUGUUGUGAGCUCUUCUGCAUCUGUGUGUCCCCCUUUACAUGCCCCACCAAGACUGUGCAGAUGCUGAGGCAGCGAUGCUCUCUGGGCUGCCUCCCUGCCCAGCCGCAGCCCCAGGGAGCCUGGGGAGCCCUGGAGGUGAUCUGAGCUGCUUUCUGAAGGGGUGCCCUUGACAGAUAAGCCCUGCUCCCAGCUGCCUAGCCUUUGCUGUGCCGGGGAUGGGCUCCCCCUACCCCCCAAAGCUCCAGCACCUCUAGGAACACACAGGUGCAGCCAGGGUGGAGAGAACCGAGGUGUCCCCGGCCUGCUUGGGGUGGGUCUGUCUAACCUCCAGACAGCCCUUCCAGGCUCUCCCAUCCCUUGGCAAGAAAGCUGGCAUCUGCCCCUCAGGAGGGCUAAUGAGUGUUGGGAUACCCGGGGCAGAGCUGGCCUGGGUGCUAUAGUGCCAGUCAGCACAGAUGGGGAAUGCGGGCGUGGUUGGGGCUUUUUAGGCACUGGCUAUCCAAUUGUCUUCUCAUGGGGUGCUCUGUAUGUUAGCAGCCAUUGCUGGCAUGUCACGAGAGGCAGCCACAGGGUCUGGGUUUGAUUGGGGGGCAGAGCUGCCCUCCCACUGGCAAGAACAGCUGGAGCUAGCCCUGCAAACUAGGAGCUUACAUCAGAAUGAGGCAGGAGCCAGCUCCCCGGGCAUUGGUGAGGUGGCAUCUGCCCAGGUGGGAGACAGGCAGGACAGGACAGUCUCUGCUCCAGGGAGUCUGAGCCAGAGUGCAAAGGGGUAGAGCUGAGGCAGCUGCAUUACUUGUGUUUGUGUGAGAGAGAAUUUGGCUUUCAUGGCUCCACUGGUAACCUCCCUCCAGUCCAAUAAUUCUCCUUUCACUAUGGCCCGUUGCCUUCUCUCCUUAGCCAGUUCCUUAUUGGCUUUCCAAUGCUUAUGCUGAUCCCCAUCUUCUCUCAUUUAAUAAUAAUUUCCCAUGUGGUACUGUGUCAACUGCUUUACUGGAGUCCAAGUAUAUUAGAAUCAGUUAUUCUAUAUUCUGGCUGUAUUUCAAAGAAACCUUAUUGAGGUUGCAGGAACAAACCAUCCCGAUGUGUAGGAAGAAAAGUAAAUAUGGCAGGCGACCAGCUUG